GUUUCGAGAUCGAAUGGGUCCAUAGAAAGUGCGAACGUGAAUUUGAGCAGCGUUGUGGCUGGCAGAGAGGAGCAUGUUUCGCUUCUUUUGGCCUUUCAUUUUGAUGUGGUGGGCGAACGCAUCACCACUGGUGGCUCUUCAGAAGGGAUUCACCAUGAAUGCAGAUGUGCCAACAAAAUCCGACAGCUGCCAAGCGGAAAGCCAGCAGAAGUUUCGAGCAGCGAUAGGUCUGAGGACGAAGCACUUACAGAGUGAAGCUGCAGUGCACGAGCAAAGAUUGGCCGAUUUGCACUUGCAGCUCACUGGCGAGGAAUGGGUGAGACACAGCGAGACGGGCUUUGAUGGCAUAGAAACAGCAUUGAAGAGUCGGCAAACAGAAAUCGAGCGUCUUCUGAAAGCAACAGAGGCAGCUAUUGCCCGUAAGAAAGUGCAGGUGCAAUGAUUUGUGGCAGAAUGCUGAUCUCACGGAAUUGCCAAGUUCAACUCAGAGGUGUUCUUUGGUGAUGCUGUGAUGUGCCAGGGUAGGUCCGUCUCACCCACAUUUCCGUAUCGAUACCAAUGCGUCCUGAAACCGCAAAGGCGCAGCGCAAGGACAAAAGGUUCCAGCCCGAGUCUC